AGAAGCCAUCGAAUAUGCACGCGUUGUUUGUUCUACAGAAAAACGAAGUUGAAGCCCUUCGAAAUUCGCUGUCGGCCUGUUACCUGGCACUGGCCCACCUCCCGUCCUUUACGGUGACCAACUGCAUGGAGUUUGCUGUUGUGGAGAUUAAGCACGGUAAGCUGAGGUGUGAAGACGUGUUUUUCACUGCUGGGAAAUUGAUUGGGGAGCUUAUUUCGAACAAGGUGAAUAAGAAGGAGCUGCUAACAGAUGCAGAUGAGUGGCUGGUGAAGUGUUGGCCAUUGAUCGGCAAACGAACCUUUAGGGUGUCGGGCUCGCUAAGAUUCGGGUUGGGAAAGCGUGAAGUACGAGGCGGUGUCAAUUGA